GCACUCGAAUCGGCAGCCCAUUGAAUACUCCCUCGGAAUCCACCCACGCAGAGGAUGCACGACCGACUCGAGUCGGCCGGAACUUGGAAACCCGACUCCGUCGGAGGCGCUGCCGGUUCCCACUGUUGGAGACACGACGACUUCACGUGAGGUGUUUAACGGAUGAUCCGGAAGUCGGUGACGGAAUCUUGCACCCGGCUUUCGACGGCAAAUCGAAUGUGACUUUGACGGACCGAUUGCAGGGGUGGUCGGUGGUGGAGCCGUG